AUGAUCUUUUUGAAAACCGCCCCCUUUUUCUUCGUAGCCCUCUCCUCGGCUCUCUACGAUCCGUCAUCCGGUGCCGACUGGCGUCAACUCAAACCGACUUCUCCAAAACCACAGGGUGCCUUAUCCUCCAUUCCUUUCCCUGUGGGUAUCGUCACAAAGGCGUUUGUAUGGGUUGACGGCCGCUGGAAACCACCUUGUGACGAUGAAGAAAUUGAGAUUUUGGAGGAUGACGACUUGCCUACAAAGUGGGCAGAUAUCCACCAGAUCGAUGUGGGCCAGGUCUUGAGACCAGACUUGGUGGAUGGACCUCCACAGAGAAAGCCCAUUUUGCACGAGGAGCCAGAAUAUGACGAAUCAGAUUGUCCUGACGAGUUGGAGGAGCCUCCAUUGCCUGAUCCAGAAUUGCCUUGUGACGAAGCUGAUUUUGAAGACUUGGACCCCAACGACAUAGUCGGUGGACCUGUGAGUGUUGUUCCAGAACAUAGACUCCACAAGAGAGAUAAGCGUUCCGAAACCUUCAACAGUCCUAUCAAAUUCUCCAGUUGCACUGAAGAAGAUACGCUUGUCAUGUACUUGGACAACGGUGUCUUGAGAGACCCAGAGAACAGAAUCGGGCUGAUUGUGGGAAAUCACCAAUUCCAGUUUGACGGACCUACUCCUCAGUAUGGAGCUUUGUAUGCUGCAGGGUGGCUGGUUACUCCAAAUAGCCUUUUGAGUCUUGGAGACCAGACCACCUUUUUCCAGUGUCUGGCUGGAGAUUUCCAUAAAACCUACGAUACUGCAAUUCUGGACCAGUGUGUUCCAGUGCAAUUGGAGGUGGUGAAGCUCGAAUCCGAGUGCUAA